AUGGUAGCCACACAAUUUCAUGUAACUCAACUCAGCGGUGUAUCGAGCAUUACAACAAACUGGGAAAUGUUAACGAACCCACCUCCUAUGAAGACGAGUCCCGGGCGACCAAUUUCCACGACUUUAUUGAUUCCGCUUUCCCAUAAAUCCCCGCUUACUGACGUCAUAAGGUUAACGUCACACGAUAAAGAAUGCUCAGUGACUACUGUUAUAGAACAAUAUUGUUACCCUCGAUAUCCUUCGAUUACGCCCACAUUUAUAUGGCUCGGGUUGGUCCCUCCCGGUGUAACUGUCACCGCCGAGUUUACCGUACACAAUGACACCUAUGAAGAUAUUGAAUGGAUUGCUACAUGUUGCCGCUGGUUGGGCGAGCGUGGUGUUGCUGACGCGUGCAGAGACCAACUCCCUUGUGUGACGUGUCACAGUCGCGCUUGUACCUGUUCUUUGUUGACGCCGACACGUGGAUCACUACAGCACUCACAUCGAGAGCAACUGUUUUAUAGCGUCACAGCCCCUGAUACAGAUGGAUGCGUGGCGACCCUUAUACAAGUGCGACGCUUCGGCACGCCGGAAGCAGCUCCGGGCGUGGAGGCGCGAGCUUCGUUGAUCGCGUACCGAGUGUUGGCACCGCGCCUCGUUUUGCGCGCUUUACCUUGCUAUGGGGAUAAACGACAAGAAUGUGAAGGAUGUGCUUUAGAUACUGGGCUGGACAACAGCCCCCGCGGCUCUGCGGUGCUUCGUCCCAGCACAACGCUCACUCUCAGAGACACUUCGUGCUGUCGACUCAGAAUCACGAACAUUACUCCGCUACCAACGAGUGUCAAGUGGGAGCCAGCUAUGGAACAUGAAGAAUUUGUAGCAGUAACUUUUGCACCAGAGCAAUUUAAAAUCAGAGGCCAUUCAGAAGUAGAUAUUAUGGUCGUAUUGGAAGCGAAGAAAGUUUGCCAUCGCCGGUUAUUCCUUCGCAAGGCCAACGUCGAGCACACGCAGAAACCUUUGUACUUGGUUAUCGACGCUGCUGUUUCUGGUGUGGAAGGUGUGGUGGAGUUUCCGAUAGGAGAUAAAGAAACGCUCUCUUUUCCUAAAAUCAAGCUGACACAGAGAAAUAAUUUUAAACAAGCUGUAGCGACACAGGAGCCGAAAUCUUCUGAAGAAAUAUUCAGCGACUAUGAUCGUAAACGAGAAGAAAUAAGAGGUUAG